GUAGUGUGGACUACUGGGUUUAACCAUAUGAGUGGAAUCUCUGAAGACAGGAAAUGCAUUUUUCUCUUGCGUCUUAAAGGUUUCAGCCAUUCUCUGAAAAAAUUGCAGUUCUCUUCAGUAAAUGUUAGUUACACUGUCUUAACAGAAGUGGUGCUGCUAUCUAAAACAAAGAAUCAUGAAACUGGAGUCUCCAGAAAAAUUUGAAGAUGUUGCUAUCACAUUUUCAGAUGAAGAGUGGAUAAUGCUAAGCGAGAAGAAAAGGAAGCUGUACAGGGAAGUGAUGGUACAGAAUUAUGAAAUGAUGACUUCUUUAGGCUACUGCAUUCCAGAGGAAGAGCUGUUGGCACUUAUUGAAAGGAAGGUGCCACAGCCUGGUAGUCAUGUUCAGCAGAAACAGAAGAAGUGGAAGGAUCUUUAUCCAAAAGGUACUCAGCACUCUGGAAAACCUGUCAUCUCUCUAUCAGAACUUGUAGAAGGCCUUGAAAAAUUUGCUGGCAAAAUAAAAUUUAAAUACUCCUCCCAUCAAACAAGUUUUUCAGAUGAAGUACCAUUACUUAAAAAUACCACAAACAAUCAAAUGGAUCAACUGGCAAAAAGUUUUGGACAGAAAACUAAAAUAGCAUGUAAGACGGUUGCUGAAUACAAAACAAAUCAGGUGACACCUAAAGCACGUCAGCACACUGAUUGUCAAAAAAGCUCCCAGUGCAAACAUCAUGCCAGACAGUGUAAUCCUACAGAUAAGAAACUGAUAAAAAGUGCUGCUUGUGGACCGAGUUCUAAACACAGAACUUACUUGAAUGAAAAGCACCAGCCAGACCAAAAUAAUAAACAUACGAGUGAAAAUUCCAUGAAACAUGCUGAAUACAAUAGUCAUGUAAAUAGAUUUCAGAGUAAGAAUGCCCAGCAAGUUCAGUCUAAGGAAAAAACCUAUAAGUGUGCUGAGUGUGGUAAGUGUUACAAACAUAAAUCACAUCUUCAUAGACAUCAAAUGAAUCAUACGGGAUUAAAACGUUAUGAGUGUAAAGAUUGUGGAAAAUCACACAAAGACAAAGCAGCUCUUCACCGCCAUCACUGGGUACAUACAAAAAAGAAACCAUUUGAAUGUACUGUGUGCCGGAUAGGUUUUACAAGGAAAGCUAAUUUUAUGGCUCACAGUUUGAUACAUAAUUCAGAAAAUAUGUUUAAAUGCAGUGAUUGUGGGCGAACUUUCACUCGGAAGCCUUCACUCAUUGAACAUCAGUUUGUCCAUGCUGAAGUGAGACCGUUUAAGUGCAUCACAUGUGGGAAGAGUUUUGCUAGGCAUACUCGACUUGUUAGACAUGCUGUGAUUCACACACAAGAGAAGCCUUUUAAAUGUACUGAAUGUGGAAGAUGUUUCAAUUACAGACCACAUCUUAUUAGACACCAGAUAAUUCACACAGUGACGCCUUUUGUGUGUGAAGUGUGUGGAAAGGGUUUUAGAAGAGAAAGUUAUCUUCUCAGCCAUCAUUUUGUGCAUACAGGAGAGAGGCCUUUUGAAUGUAGUAAGUGCUGGAGGACGUUUGCAGAGAAAGCUCAAGUCUCUCAACAUGAGAAAAUCCACAACCAGGAACGCAAGUUUAUAUGUUCUGACUGUGGAAAGAGUUACACAGCUAAAGCAAAUUUAUAUCGACACCAGCAAAUUCAUACAGCUAAAGUCAGUUGAACAUGUGGGAGAAACAGACAAAUGUAGGUUUUGUAAAACAGAAUUGGAAACCGCUGCACAUCUUUUUGCUAGUUGUGGUAUGCUAAUGUCAGCAGGAUUGUAUACUGCAAGGCAUAAUAAUGUGGCAAGACUGUUGCAUUGGGGAUUGUGCAUACAUUAUGAUAUGUAAUAUAGAAGAAGAUGAAAAACAUUGGAAAAAUGAGCCACAAAGCAUUAUAGGAUAUGAAGUUUAUAUCACAUGGAAUCACCCAUUACCAGCAGUUCAAAAAUUAGAUCCGAGAACACCAGAUAUUGUAGUCCAUGAAAAGAAAACAAAAGUAGCAUUGAUCACUGAAAUUGCUGAAUGCAGUGACUACAGUGUCUUACAUGCAGAGAGACACUUAAGUCAUAAAAUACCAGAAUUAGCACCCCAAAAGACUUGGAGAAAUUAAGAAGUGGUAAACCUGCAACAUUAUAAAUGGAUGUAUCUGUAUGAAGUUAUUUGCAACUAAAUAAUUUUAAAUUUUUUUUAAAUUUUUAAAUAAUAAUCAGAUGUCUAAACUGCAUGGAAGUUUAGAAAAGUCAUAAGCUAAUAGAGUAAAAUGACCUGAUAUGAUUUUCAAAUGUCAUAUGAAGUCAUUUUGGCUUUUGAUCAUAGAAAAUACUAAUUAAAAAAAAGUUUGGCCGUA